AUGCUCGCACCAGAAACUGCACAGCGGAUUGCCGACGUCGGUGGCGAACCAGCUGCGAUCGAUCCAGAGGACGUCACGUCCAUCAGGCUGCCAUGCAAGGCCAACCCGUCGACGGCAGUCCUACCCUCUCCGCUGAGCAAAAGCUCUGGAUGGAUGAACCUCACGAGGUCUUCACCCUACGUGUGGCUUGCCAUAUUCGUGUUCCUCUCCGCUACGUCCUUCUCGGCCAUGCUUGCCUGGAAACGCCUCAACACCAGCGCCGCUAACAUCGAAGGAAAGCCUAACGACGUCGACAGCAACAACGCCUUCCUGAUUUCCGCCUUCAAUGACAGCAGCCUGCAAGCCCUGAGCACUAGCUUCACACCGGGGCCUGUCGACGGGUGGAACGCCGCUCUGGACGCAACGAAAGCGCGUGCCCCAUGCUAUCAUUUGGUGUCGCCAAAUGUACACGAACGUGAAGACGGCAACAGCCACGCGCCGCCAUCGCCGUCGGAAGAUUGCCUGCACGUCAACGUAUGGGCGCCCAUGUGUAAUAACUCGCCCUGCUCGGGCCUCACGGUGGUCGUCUUCAUUCACGGCGGAGGUCUUCGCGCUGGCGGAAACGCGGACCGUCUGCAUGACGGCUCGGUUCUCGCUUCUCAGGGCCAAGUGGUCGUAAUCGUGCCAAACUACCGCCUCGGUGUGUUCGGGUUUCCCAGCAGAGACAUCGUGGGGGCCGCCAGAAACCCGGGACUACUGGACCUUGCGAUGGCGCUUGACUGGGUUCGCGAGAGCGUAGCCGUCUUUGGCGGAAACUCGAAGAACGUCGUGCUGUACGGCAGCGGAUGGGGCUCGUACUUGGCCGGUCUGUUCGUAGUCUCACCGAAGCUCAGGAGCCACUUCGCGACGUACAGGGUCAUCCUCGGAAGCGGAUCGCCUCUGCUCAAGUCUAACCACGAGCAUCAGACGGAGGAACAUUGGAACGGCUUUCUCGGCGCCACGGGUUGCGGUGACGCUGACGAGAACGCUACGCUGGAGUGCCUGCGAAACGCGACAGCUUCGAGCAUCGCUGUGGCGCAAGAGCAGUUCCCGGGAACCGUGGGAGUUGUGUUCCCCGACGAUUUUGUGCUGCCGGAACCUCCUGAGGAGUUCAUAGCUGAAGUCCGCACGUACUCGUCUGUCGAGGUGCUCUUGACUAACGUUAUCUCGGAAGGACGAGCCGAAUGUCAACGCCUAAUCGAAUAUAAGUCGGAUGGCGCCGACUUAAGCGUCGAGAGCUUAAUGAAUGCUGUUGGACUCACAGCUUCUCAGCUUGCCUACGACAAUCAUGUAGAACUGCAAGCCGCGGUGAGCAGCCUGUACAAGGAAUGCGGCACAGGGCGCGGCUGUGUGGGCGUAGAGUUCUUGGGUGACGCGCUGUACAACUGCCCUUCCGUGCUGUUCGCCAAGAGACUGUGCAGAGGCCGUGCGCACGUGGUGCACUUGCUGCUCGCCGAGUCGACGGCCGCUCGACCUAUGCCAAAGGCAACGCACGGCGAUGACGUUCUCUUGGUCUUCGGCGUCCCCACCGCGAGAAGCAUUCGGGAGGGGACAGCGUCUUCGACCAAUGGAGCAGACGUGGCUUACUCUCAAAGGAUAAUCUCCAUUUUCACAGACUUCGCCAAGAACGGGUUCGAGGCUAUGUCGGCAGAGUUCCCAGCAUUCUGUGAUCCAAAGACCAACGGCACAUCUACCGUGUUGUUCCACGAUCACGCCAUCCGAACAAGUGGCUGGAAGCAGCGGCAAUGCGCCUUCCUUAACCGGUACAUGAUGUACCACGCGACGAACAAGCUAGGACCAGUGGCUUCGCUGCAACGUCGCCUGACCACGAGUAACGCCGUCACAGCUCAGCAGCAGCGUCAUUCUUCUUGA